AUCACUGAAUCGCAUGCUCCCUGCUCGGGCACAGAAAAACCACAGCGUCACUUUAUUUAACGACAGGAAAGGUUUUUCUCUUCAUCCAUCUUUAUUCGAACGUAAAUUUGUGUUUUGUGAUCGUUCGCCUGUUUUUUGAUAUUCGUAUUUAAUCUCAAUAUAGUUUUAAAAUGUCGGAAGAAGUAUCUACUGAACAAAUACCCUCCAAUGCCGGUGGACCACAAGGACCUAAACCAGGUGGCCCCCCUGGUGGUAGAGGUGGUGGCUUCAGAGGCCGAGGUGGCUUUGGUGGUGGAAGAGGAGGACCUAGAGGCGCCCCUGGACGUGGUGGAUACAUGAGAGGACGUGGAGCACCUGGUGGACCUCGUGGAGGUGGCAUGAUGAGGGGUGUUGGCGGCCGAGGUGGCGGUGGUUUCAGAGGACGUGGUGGUCCUGGAGGUGGACGAUAUCCCCCUGGAGGUCCAGGAGCUGGCCCUGAAGGCGGACCAGGAGGUGAUAACAAUGGCCAAGGAUAUGGGGGUAUGAGAGGAGGCCCACGAGGUGGUGGAGGUUUCCGUGGUCGUGGUGGACCAAGUGGUGGUAGAGGUGGUCCAGGUGGUGGACGUGGAGGACCUGGAGGUCCACGUGGUGGUCCAGGUGGAUUCCGAGGAAACAGAGGUGGCCCUGGUGUUGGCCGAGGAGGUCCUGGUGGCCCAAGAGGAGGUGGCGGAAGAGGUGGCAUGGGUAUGGUAGACAAGAGAGGACCCCCACAAAGUGGUAUGGGAGGUGGUGGCCCAGCAAAGAGACCUAGAUAUGACAAUGGUCAAACUCAAAAUGGAGCUGGAGGUGGAUACCAACAGGGAUAUCAAGCCCAACAAAGUGGGGGAUACGGUAGCCAACAAAGUGGCUACCAACAACAGUCAUAUCAACAACCACAAUACGGAAAUAACCAACAGAGUGGCUACGGCACGACAAGUGGAUAUGGUGCACAAAAUUCAUAUGACCAAUCUGGUUACGCAACUGCAUCUUAUCAACAAAGUAAUCCCACAGGUUACAGUCAAGAUAAUUCUGGUUACGCUACGGGAGGCUAUGGCACUGCCCAAGUAGCAGAUUACGGACAGACAGGUGGAUACAACACAGGAGGUUACAACAGUCAGCAGGGUUAUGACGAUAGAAGUCAGGGUUAUGCUUCCACAGGCUAUGGUUGAACCCGAUCCAAUCUUUGAAGACCUGCAUCUUCAAUGGAAAACAGGGAGUAUUAACUAAUUUUUUCUUUCAGGUCAAGUAGGUUGUGAUAAACAGAAAACAAUUUUCAAUUGGAAAAAUAUCAAAUCGUUAGAGGAAUGGAAAUUAGAAAAUAUUUUCCUCGCUACAAGCAAAGCAAAUGGAUAAACAUAAAAUAGCAAUAUUAUCUGAUAACUUCAGUUCAAUUUUUUCUGUUAUUAGUGUGAUGGUUUUUUUUUAUCAAAAAAAGAAAUACUCAAGAUGGUGUUAAUGAUACCAAAAUCUUCAGCUUGAGCUUAAAAUUUAAGCUGUAGAAAUAUAUUACCAAAGCACAAUAGCUUUUUUUGGAAAAUGAUAUUUCAUCCUAUAAUUUCCAGAGUUCAUGGUUUUUAUAAUUUUUUUCAGAUUUCUUGAACAUUUCUUGUACAAAUAGAAGUUUAGAUAUUUUCAGGACUAAGAUCAAUCACAUCAAGAUACUUUGAAUGUGCCAAAAAAUAUACAGUUCAACUUUU